UUGACAGUUUGUUCGCGGCCGAGGGGGAGCCGAGGCUGCCGCGGCGCUGCGCUGGGGCCGGGGCGCUCCGCAGGACCGAGCUCUGCCCGCCGGCACCAUGUCCCGGGACCCCGAGGAGGUGAACAAGCUGACGGAGAACACGUACAAAAAUGUUAUGGAACAGUUCAAUCCAGGACUGAGGAAUUUAAUAAAUCUGGGGAAGAAUUAUGAAAAAGCUGUUAAUGUUAUGAUAGUGGCUGGAAGAGCGUAUUAUGACAGCCUUGCAAAGAUUGGGGAUAUAUCAGCUGGUUCUCCAGUUUCUAAAGAAUUGGGCCAAGUUCUGGUAGAAAUCUCAAGAACACACAAGAAACUUAAUGACAGUCUAGAGGAGAGUUUCAAAAAAUUUCAUAAAGAAAUUAUAUCUGAACUGGAGAAGAAAACAGACCUGGAUGUGAAAUAUAUGACUGCAACUUUAAAGAGGUACCAAACCGAACACAGGAGCAAACUGGAUUCUUUAGAGAAGUCUCAGGCUGAGCUGAAAAAAAUCAGAAGGAAAAGCCAAGGAGCACGAAAUGUAACGAAAUAUGAGCAUAAAGAAAUGGAGUAUUUGGAAACAGUGAGCUCUCGCCAGAGCGAUAUCCAGCGGUUCAUUGCAGAAGGCUGCAGAGAAGCUCUCCUUGAAGAGAAAAGAAGGUUCUGUUUCCUGGUUGACAAGCACUGCAGCUUUACCCAGCACAUGCACUUCUACCACGUGCAGUGUGCAGACUUCCUAAAAUCCAAGCUGCCUGGGUGGCAGGAAACCUGCAGUGAUGCCACCAAAGUGCCUGAAAAAGUCAGAAUGAUGAUAGAUGAAAUAAGGACACCUGGAUCCACUCCAGUCUCGGGAACGCCACAGCCUUCACCAAUGGUAGAGAGAAAUACCAUGAUUGGAAAUGAUUUUUAUCCUCAUCACGAAAAUGCAUCCAACGUGCCCCCAGCUCCCACAGGCAGGGCCUACACGAGUCCACUUGUUGAUAUGUUCAACAAUCCUGCCACAGCUCCCAAAGCACCUUCUGAGAAACUAAAUCAUUCAGCAGAGAAUUCAGAUGAUGCCAGUUUAUCGCGUUCAACUUCUGUUGCCACGGGACUAAACAUAAUGAAAAGGCAAAAAGUGAAGACAAUCUUCCCACAUACUGCUGGAAGCAACAAGACAUUGCUCAGCUUUUCCCAGGGGGAUAUCAUCACACUGCUGGUAGCUGAGGAAAAGGAUGGCUGGCUCUAUGGGGAGCAUGACACAACCAGAGUAAAAGGAUGGUUUCCAUCGUCGUACACGAGACCACUAGAAGAAUUAGAAGACAAAGCCUUUGCCCCAGUGCCAAGCCCUGCACCAAUCCGAAGUGUUAGUUCUGUAAAUCUUGUGGAGAAAGGUGAAGUUGUCCUCCCACCACCAGACUACCUGGGGGCUUCACAGGCAGAGUCUGCCAAAGGUCCUGCUCCUAAAACACCGACGGACAGAGCGGAGCAGGCAGGGCCGAAACCCAACAUGAAUGGCAUUACAAAACCACCUUUUCUAAGUGGAGAAAAUCCCUUUGCAACGGUGAAGCUCAGACCAACAGUAACAAACGACAGAUCAGCACCGAUUAUCCGAUGAAUACACGGUCCGGACACACGACCUUCUUCCUUACCAACACACCAGUUCAGUAAUGACAAUUGCUAUCUCAACUUCU